UGUUUCAAAGAGUAAGUGAAGGAGAUUCAGAAAUAGAGAUAUUUGAGUACAGGGGGAGGCAGCGAGAGCGAUAGAAGAGAUCACGGAGGGGGGAAAUAAAAGCGGAGACUGACUCCCUGGACUGCGUUUUUGAGGAAAGCGCAGAUACAUAAACUGGGAUUACUGCAACUUUUCAUUGAGCGCGUCUGCGACGACUGAGCCUAGCGGUUUAACUUGAUGACUCGCUGCAUCGUCCCAGCUAGAUGAACUGGAGUAGUUGGACACCUCACUUGGUCUCCUCUGCAGAUGCGCAGCGCCCCGUCCGGCCGCCUGAGGAGAAGUGAGCAGCGCCAGCACACCCAUGGCUCUGGCCACAGGAGGCGGCCCGGCCAGGCAUCUUCUGUCCCUACAGGGGCUGCUGCUCCUCCUGUGCAGCAGGGCAGCCGGCUGGACCCAGGAUCCCCAGUGCCUCAGGGCCGAGCACCCGGUCAUCGCAUUCGCAGACAUACAGCCCUGGAUUCACACGUUCAGGACAGAAGAUACAGUGGAUUACUCACAGUUAACCUUUGAUCCUGGCCAGAAUGAGCUCAUUGUUGGAGCAAGGAAUCACCUCUUCAGGCUUCGGCUGGAGGACCUGUCGUUGAUCCAGGGGGCUGAGUGGCAGUGCGAUGAGUUUACGAAGAGGGCAUGCUUCAGUAAAGGGAAGUCUGAGGACGAGUGCCAGAAUUACGUCCGUGUGCUUCUGGUUAAUGGAGGCUGGCUCUUCACCUGUGGAACGAACGCAUUCACUCCCAUUUGCACCAAUCGCACGCUGACCAACCUGACGGAAGUCCACGAUCAGAUCAGUGGCAUGGCGCGCUGCCCCCACAACCCCCUGCACAACUCCACCGCUCUGAUCACCUCCAGCGGCGAGCUGUACGCCGCCACAGCCAUGGACUUCCCCGGGAGAGACCCUGCCAUCUACCGCAGCCUGGGAACUCUGCCUCCUCUCCGCACCGCGCAGUACAACUCCAAGUGGCUCAAUGAGCCCAACUUCGUGUCCUCUUACGAUAUCGGGAAUUUCACCUAUUUCUUCUUCCGGGAGAACGCGGUGGAGCACGACUGUGGGAAGACCAUUUUCUCGCGGGCAGCGCGGGUGUGCAAGAACGACGUGGGGGGCCGCUUCCUGCUGGAGGACACCUGGACCACCUUCAUGAAGGCGCGGCUGAACUGCUCACGGCCGGGAGAGAUCCCCUUCUACUACAACGAGCUGCAGGGCACCUUCCUCCUGCCUGAGCUGGACCUCAUCUACGGCAUCUUCACCACUAAUGUGAACAGCAUCGCUGCCUCAGCGGUCUGCGUCUUCAACCUCAGCGCCGUGACCCAGGCGUUCAGUGGCCCGUUCAAAUACCAGGAGAACUCCAGGUCCGCUUGGCUGCCCUACCCCAACCCCAACCCCGACUUCCAGUGUGGCACUAUAGACUUCGGAUCGAACGGGAACCUGACGGAGAGGAACCUGCAGGAUGCGCAGAAGUUCAUUCUGAUGCACGAGGUGGUGCAGCCAGCGGCUCCCGUCCCCUACUUCAUGGAGGACAACGUCCGCUUCUCACACAUCGUGGUGGAUGUGGUGCAGGGCAAGGACAUGCUGUUCCACAUCGUCUACCUCGCUACAGACUACGGAACAAUCAAGAAAGUGCUCUCUCCCAUGAACCAGUCAAGCAGCAGCUGUUUGCUGGACGAAAUCGAACUUUUCCCCCCCAGCAAGAGGCAGCCGAUCCGAAGCCUCUUGAUUCUGCACAGUCAGAGUGUUCUGUUUGUGGGCCUCAGGGACCGGGUGGUGAAGAUCCCACUGAUGCGCUGCAGCAUCCACAGGACACAGGAGGGCUGCGUGGGGGCCAGAGACCCGUACUGCGGCUGGGACCUGGUGCUGAAGAGGUGCACAGCCCUGGAGGAGAGCCUCAGCAUGAGCCAGUGGGAGCAGAGCAUCACCGAGUGUCCUACGAAGAAUGUGACCGUGGACGGAGGAUUUGGGCCCUGGUCGCCGUGGAAGCCGUGCAGCCACAGCGAUGGGGGCAGCGUGGGCCCCUGUCUGUGCAGAGCCAGGUCCUGCGACAGCCCCAGCCCGCAGUGCGGGGGCCGGGCCUGCGAGGGCUCGAGUGUGGAAGUCACCAACUGCUCCAGGAAUGGGGGCUGGACUCCGUGGUCGGCGUGGUCCCACUGCAGCACCAGCUGUGGGAUUGGCUUCCAGGUCCGGCAGCGCUCCUGCAGUAACCCGGCACCCCGCCAUGGAGGGAGAGUGUGCGUGGGACAGAACCGAGAGGAGAGAUACUGUAACGAGCACCUGCCCUGCCCACCGCAUGUGUACUGGUCCAGCUGGGGGCCCUGGGAGCGCUGCACUGCGCCGUGCGGAGGGGGGGUGCAGGCGCGGCGGCGCACCUGCGAGAAAGGGAAGGACUGUCCAGGCUGCAGCUUGGAGUACCAGUCCUGCAACACCCUCUCCUGCCCCGAGAUGAAGAAAACAACGCCCUGGACGCCUUGGGCACCCGUCAACAUUUCGGACAAUGGGGGCCACUAUGAGCAGCGCUUCAGGUACACCUGCAAGGCACGAGUGCCCGAGCUCAGCCUGCUGGAAGUGGGGCGCCAGCGGAUCGAGAUGCGCUACUGCUCCAGCGAUGGCUCGACGGGCUGCUCCACCGACGGAGACCUGCUGCGCUCCGGGCGGUUCACAGCCCACACUGUCAACGGAGGCUGGUCCUCGUGGACCCCAUGGUCCCAGUGCAGCCGCGACUGCAGCCGCGGGAUUCGCAGUCGGAAACGCGUGUGCAACAGCCCUGAGCCCAGAUAUGGCGGCAUGCCCUGCCUGGGGCCUUCUCUGGAGUACCAGGAGUGCAACAUCACUCCCUGCCCAGUGGAUGGGAGCUGGUCCUGCUGGUCGCCCUGGUCCAAGUGCUCAGUCACCUGCGGGGGGGGGCACUACAUGCGCACUCGCACCUGCACCAGCCCCCCCCCAGCCUUUGGGGGGGACAUCUGCCUGGGGCUGCACACGGAGGAGGCCCUCUGCAACACCCAGCCCUGCCCAGAGAGCUGGUCCGAGUGGUCCCGGUGGUCCGACUGCGACUCUUCCGGAACGCAGCUCCGCGUCCGUCGCUGCGAUGUGCUCUUCCCGACUGGAAAGCAGUGUUGGGGUAACAACACCGAGGCCAGGGCUUGCCUGUCCGACUCCAACCUCAUACCAGAAAUCUCUAUAGCGCGAUCAAGCCGAGAAGAGAGACGCUGUGGAGAUUUUAACCUGUUCCACAUGAUUGCCGUGGGUCUGAGUAGCUCGAUACUGGGCUGUCUGAUCACUUUGCUGGUGUACACGUACUGCCAGAGGUACCAGCAGCAGUCUCACGACGCUACUGUCGUCCACCCCAUCUCAGCGGCGCCUCUCAACACCAGCAUCACAAACCACAUCAACAAGCUGGAUAAAUAUGAUUCUGUGGAAGCCAUUAAGGCUUUCAAUAAAAAUAACCUUAUCUUGGAGGAAAGAAACAAAUAUUUCCAGCCUCACCUUGCUGGGAAGACUUACACUAAUGCCUAUUUCACAGAUCUCAACACCUAUGAUGACUAUUAAAGGGAGCUGUGUUGUGGGAUAGAGCACUUUUCUUCUCUCAGAUCCCCUGUGUUGAGUGAAUCUGUCUUUUUGCUUUGUUGUUGCUAAUGAAACUUUUAACACCCCCUUGGAACCUCCUAGUCUUUGGUCAUUCUUCACUGCCAAACUAGUAACAGGAAGCCAUAUACUGCUAAGCAACACAAUGAGGACACAACGCUGUCUAAGUGCUUGCAACUAGUUUUACAAAACUCAAAGGAAAGGACAUGAUACUCUGUAGCCCAAACAGGAAGCAGGACUACAGAGGACAUCUGGAAGAGUAGCUUCUUACACCUCUGGACUCUUCUUAAAUCUACUCAAAGAACAAACUUUGGAAGAUACCACAAGACUGCUUUGCAUGACUUCUCUGACCUCGUUAUCUGUUGCUUCAUUUAUUUGCAUGGUUGAUUGCAUUCCAAAGCACUGCGUUUGCAGUACAUGGACUGCUUUGUCUGAGCUUCUGGCCAAGGACAAUUCCCUGCCAUGUCCCGAGGAUUGUGCACAGCGACCCCUGCAGGCCAAACCUGGAAGUGAGUCAUGUCUUCAGACAAAGCUAGACAAUCAAGAUGUAGAUAUUUAAGUCUCUGGCAAGAUGUGUUCAUGUUUUUCUGUAUUGUAUGGGGCCUUUGUUAGUCAGAUAACUUACCCGUGGUUAAAAAGCCAGUGUAAAACAGGUCAGAUGUACAGUAAACUCAUUUUGAACCAUGUUUGUGUAUUUUGGGUUGUUCAAAGAUUCGGGGAGCAGUGCAGCUUUGCUUCUCUGCUGUACAUGUGAAACACAGAAAGGGAAACAAACAUUUGCAUAUAUUUCUGUGUGAAUUGUAUGUUAUCCAUUUUGGGGGAAAAACGGAACAGAAAAUGUAGCUGAAAAUAACAAAAAAAAAACAGGAAAAAUCUAAACCAAAGGGUUCACCAUCAAAUCUCUUGAAGAAAGUGUUGCAGGUUUCCAGUUAUCAAGAAUUUAUAACCUGAAAUCUGAAUCUGAAUCUGACCAGGCCUGUUCUUAUAAAUGUAAGGAUAAAGGAAAUUAAAUCUACACUAGAAGGACUCUUUGGAGUUGUUUAGUCCUCUUGUAACAUUUCACUCAAGUUCCUGAGGAUGUGGUGUCUAUUUCAACAGUAUCUAAAUCCUAAAAAAGUAAAAUACUGCCCCAACGGGAAGAGUCACACCAUUCUCACCCCUGAACAAAGGGCUGUCCUUUGGUUUUGUACUUUUUUUAUGGAAACUGUUACUCAAAACCACAUUACAGUGAUCCCAGGCCACGUGCUCAACUUGUUAGCUUCAGUGCAGAGUGGAGAGCUACAGUAAUGGGGUGAGUUGAAUGUGUUUCUUAUAUAUACUGUACCAUCACAAUGUUGCAUAGCACCCAUAUAAUAUAAUCACAUCGAGUAAUAACUAUUAAACAUUACAGUCUUAA